AUGUGUUGUGGACAACAACAUAAUCCACACCGACCAGUUGAUAUCUGUGGUUGGUGUGCCUUCUUCUGCCGACAAAUCCCUCCCUGCUUUGCGGUACUUCUCAUUCUUCUCAAUGUGAUUCCCUAUUAUGUGGCCUUUCUCCCCAGACUCCACCGUUCCUAUCAGCACGGCGAUGUUUCCUUCUUUUAUUAUCUCUACUGCCAUCUGGGAAUGGCCAUCACAGAGACACUUGUGUUUGUGAACUUCUUUCUCGCCGUCUCCACACCGCCGGGAUAUGUGGAGCGGGAGCCGUGGUCGCACACACCGGUGUUCAGAGGCCGCCCGGGAAGUGAAUUCAACACACAUGAAGUGCGGCAAGUGGGAUUAGACGGAAAACUGCGGUUUUGUUUUCGUUGCGAGAUUUACAAACCCGAUAAUGCCCAUCACUGUCGUUCCUGUCGGAGAUGUGUAUAUCGGAUGGAUCACCAUUGUCCGUGGAUUAACAAUUGUGUUGGGCGGGAUAAUUUAAAAUACUUUUUGCUUUUUCUUGCAUACAUUCCAUUAGGGGGAUUUCACAUUGCUACCACUACGAUAUAUAGUUUAUGUUAUCAUUUUCCUUUCUUUAGUUCGGCAGAUUUGGGAGAUGGUGUAUUGUUAGUGGGAUCCGCUGUCUUGUCAGCAGUGAUGGGAUUCUCAUUUCUUCUCUUCGCUGCACACUUUGUAUAUUUAGCAGUUCGUGGUGAAACUACCGUAGCUAAUGUGAUAUCGUAUAGGAGAAGUGAUCAACAACGGCAUCAACAGUUAAUUAAAGAAGAAAGAGAGAAAUUUUUGGAUGAAGUGUUUGGUUUAGACCGGCGUUGGUGGCGCUUAAUAUGUCCAGUGUCUACUCGUCGUCCUCCAGAAAACAUGGCGAUUGUUUAG